AUGGUGGGAUGGACUGGUGUGUGGACACCCGCGGGAUUAUGGAAUUGGAAUGAUUACGGACAUGAACCUGCAGCACGCGCUCUUGAAGUCCAUUGGUCAAUUGCUGCGGCUGUCUACCAAUCAGAGCACCCCACAUUACUCGAUGCUGACCCGAGUCUUUGUAAUGAUUUGGGAGGCUCUGGAUUUACGGAAUUAAAGUAG